AUGACGGCCGUGGUGGCCGCAGCACAACAGCAGCAGCGCUUCCUUCAAGCUCUACACUACAUUGCACCAGCAUUGGUGCUUGCGUACUUCCUGGUCGCCGCUACCGUCAGCAUAUGCACACUGCAGAACUUGAAAGCCAGUCGCUCGGGUCCUCGCAGGAUUCUGGUCUGUCUCGUGUCCUUGAUCGUCGUCUCUUUCUUGGUGGAGUCAUGUAUGCUCUUGACGGACACCGCCGUUAAUGGCGCUCGUCACUCCUCCACCGAUGGCAACGUUUACGCCCUUUUUUCCCUUCUCGUCUGGGCGUUUCUCGCUGUGAGCAUCAUGGACACCGAGAAUCCGGUUGUAUGGUACCCUUACUACGGAUCAUGGUUCAUUGGGCUGGUCGUCGAAGCAAUCAUAUUCACCCUCUGCCUUGCCUUUGGUUUGCCGCGAAGCGCUUUCGUCUAUGCUCAAACGGCAGUCCAAGCUUGCCGCUUGCUUAUUCUAGUCUUGCUCUCCACCGUCCUUUUCACCAAGUCUUCCAAAGGCACCAAGGCCGACGAAGAAUCCGCGUCCCUUCUUGGGCACCACAAAGGCGAAUCGAGCGACACCCAUACUUCUAAUGGAAAGUCAGGCUAUGGAUCCAUUACUGUCUCAGCAGAAAUGGACGAUGCAGAUGGUGAGUCUGACGAUGAGGAUCUGAAGGAGCGAAAAGAAAAGAAGGAACUGGUCGAGAAGCGGCUGCAGGCUGAAGGAAAUUGGUUCACGUACGCAAAAGCUUUUUCCAUCUUCAUACCUUAUCUAUGGCCUUCAAGCAGCCGAAAACUCCAGGCAAAGAUGCUUGGAGUUUGCUUAUGCCUUCUUUUUGCGCGAGCACUAAACGUCCUUGAGCCACGCCAAUUUGGGAUUGUGAUUGACCGCCUCGGCACGUCUCAGGGCCACGUUCCACUUCUGGAAGUCAGUCUCUGGGUUUUGUUUAGCUGGGUACAAAACUCGAUCCUUGGUGAGCUCAGGUACAUGCUGUGGCUACCUAUUGAACAGUACGCCGAGGGAUCUCUCAAAACCGGAUCGUACAACCACAUCAUGGGAUUAUCCCGAGACUUCCACACAACGAAGCAAUCUGCGGAGCUAUAUACGGCGAUAUCCCAAGGCAAUUCUCUCAAACACAUCGCUGAAGCCUUAUUGUUCAAAGUGCUACCCAUGUUUGUCGACGUGGCCGUCGCGUUUGUCUACCUGUAUUGGGUGUUCGGCCCUUACAUGGCCCUAAUCGUGGCUGCAACUACGGCGAUUUUUGUCUGGGCUUCGCUUGCUUUUGUUGGCCAGCAGACGGAGCCAAGGCGCAUAUUCAAUGCCCUCACGAGGAAAGAAUUCCAGGUGAUGUACAACAGCGUUGGAGGAUGGAGUUCGGUCUCAUACUUUAACCGCCACGGAUACGAGAAGGCCAGAUAUGCGGAUAUCGUCGGUCUGAACAUCAAGGCACAGCAGAAAUGGUAUUAUCUCUUCUACAUCUCUCAAGUCGCCAAAGAUACGAUCAUCGAAUGCGGGAUGAUCAGCGCUUGUAUCCUGGCCAUCUAUCAGAUUGCCAAAGGUGCACCAAUUGGCGGUUUCGUGAUGCUUGUAUCAUAUUGGGGUAACUUCACUGGAAAACUUCAGAACUUUGUGAAUGUCCAGCGUCAAUUGGUUCAGUAUCUUACAGAUGCUGAGUCGCUGCUUGACUUGUUCCUGAAGAAACCCAGUGUCAAGGAUGGUCAAGAUGUUUUCAAGUUCAAGCGUGGGACCAUCCGUUUCCACGAUGUGGGAUUCUCUUAUGACAACCAGAAAGAAGUUAUCAAAGACUUCAACUUCUAUGCUGCACCGGGUCAAAAGGUCGCCUUGGUCGGAGAAACCGGCGGUGGAAAAUCCACUAUUUUGAGACUGCUCUUCCGCUUUUAUGAUGUCAAAAAGGGCAGUAUCAUGAUAGACGACCAGAACAUACGAGACGUCACCCUGUCAAGCCUCCGUCAACACAUCGGCGUGGUGCCACAAGACCCUUCGCUGUUCGAUACCAGUAUCAUGGAGAAUGUUCGCUAUGCGCGAUUAGCUGCGACAGACGAAGAUGUCAUAGAGGCAUGCAAAGCCGCCUCUAUACACGAGAAGAUCCUAAAGUUCGCCAAAGGUUAUUCAACAAAGGUGGGCGAGGGUGGCGUCAAGCUUUCGGGUGGCGAAUUGCAAAGGGUCGCAAUAGCCAGAGUCAUACUCCAGAAUCCUGAGAUCGUCCUAUUGGAUGAAGCCACGAGCUCUGUCGACACCGAGACCGAAGGAAACAUCCAGGAUGCCCUGCAAAUAUUGACCAAGGGCCGUACAACCUUUACCGUCGCUCACAGACUGUCUACAGUGGCCAGCUCUGAUACUAUCUUGGUCAUCAAAGAUGGUGUUAUCGUUGAGCAAGGGUCGCCGCGUGAGCUUCUCAAGUCUAAAGGAAAGUUCCACGAACUCUGGCACAAACAGAUCGAUGCCAGUCUUAUGCUCACCGAUUCCGAUCCUGCCACCGCCCCGCAGCCCAAACUCAGCCAUGUUACAGAAAAGUCAUCUAGCGAGGAAAACCGACGAUCAUCGGACAGCUCGGCUUCUGGAACCAAGAGUCUUCGCGCUACUGCCCCUGAUUUCGUACCUCGUGUCCAGCGUGGCACGUCUGCAAGCGCAGGUCAGGCCUCUCACGACCACGGGAAUGAAGCCCACCAACACAGCCAUGAGAGCGGCAAUUUCAAAAAGAACGGAGCCAAGCGCAAUCAGAAGGGCAAAGGGCCCGCUGUUGAGUCGGAGUCCACAUCUGACGCUUUCGUGUCUGACUCCAGGCCGACCACCUCUGACUCGAAGAACUCGGGCCAAGGCCAACACGAGACCAAGAAAAAGCGUGGCAACUUCAACCCACGCCGUGGCAACAAUAAGAGCGAGCCUAGUGGAUCAGCUGUCAAGAGUAGCCAGACUGAUGGACCAAGCGAUGAGCCAUCACAGAAUCAGCCUCGUCGUCUCUCUGCAGUUGGUACAGAUGCCUCAAACCAGGCGUCUUCAGGGCAGAGUCAUCGCCGUCAAUGGUAUCAGCGGCGUAGAAAGGCAGCGCAGUCUGAAACUCUUUCUGGCGCGGCGUCUGGAGCUUGGUCGAGCGAUACACUCCAUCCUUCAACGAACGAGACGUCUUCCGGCUCCGCCAAUGCAGCCGACCCUACCGUUGGCCCACACUCAGCAGUUGGAGGUGUAAAUUCUGCCACUGGGGUCUGA